AUGAACAAAAUUUUAGCUAAAUAUACUGAACUUUCUGAUGAAAUACUUUCUGAUGAAGAUUAUGAUGCAAACGAAGGCUCAAAUACGUUUAAUUCUUUUGAAGCGACAAAAAAAAGGAAGUGUGAAAUUUCAUCAACAAAUGAUAAAAAUAAUAACGACCAAGCAACAUUAUCAACUUUGAUUAGUUCAUCACCUAAAAAUAAUAGAAAUGCACAAAAUGCAACUUCUCAUGUAACUGUUAGCUUAUUGCAUGAUAUUGACGCACAAUUCAUAAAUUAUUUUGUGAUAUCACCUACUAUUAGAAGAAAUGUAAACGCACCAAAUUUAGCCGAACAAUCACAUGCUUCAUCAUUAUCAAAUAUCAUCUCUGCUUCAAACGCAAAUGCUCUACAUGUUGGAAAUACUUUACAAUAUGAUUCUAAUAGUAUGCGCGUUCACCAUAUAGAUGAAAUUGGUAUUGUUAAUCAAAUAAAAAUUAGUAAAUAUGAUCUUGUUUUCAUG